AUGAAUUAAUAAAAUAUCAUAUUUUAUUAUUUUAAUAAUUUCAUAAAUUAUUGCCUAUCUAAAAGCUACAACAAAUUAGGCGAUUAAGGAAUAACGAAUUUAGGCUCUAUUUUAGCAAAAACUAGUAUUUCAUCUUUAGUAAUAGGAUUAAGUGAUAACAAUAUUAAUUAAUUUGGAGCGUUCAACUUCUCUAUGCUAUUAGCAAAAUGCACUAACUUGUCAACUCUCAAUUUAGGAUUUUACAAAAACAACUUGCUUAAAAAUCCCGCGGCUAAAUUAGUAUCAAACUUUUCUCCUUGUACUAAUCUACAAGAUUUAAAAAUCAUUUUGUGGUAAUUAGUUAACUUUUUUACUUAAAUUUAAAAUUAAUAAGUUAACAAAUAAGUAUAAAAAAUAAAAUAAUACACAAUUACAAAUAAAUAACUUAUUUUUAAGCUUUUAGUAAUAGAUUUAACUGUUUAUUUUUAUACUUAAAAUUAUAUAAAGUAAUAACGCUGA